CUGUCUUUCCCUCUUUCUCUUUCUCUCUCUCUCUUCCCCCCUCUCUACUGCUCUCCGCCCUCUCUUCUGCUCCACCCCUCCCUGUCCUGGCCGAUUCCUCAUCGGCCCUGUAGCACACGAUGGCGCCUCCUGGCGAGCGGCCGCUGCGUGUGGCCUUCGUCCAUCCGGACCUCGGUCUUGGCGGUGCGGAGCGCCUCAUUGUCGACGCGGCCCACGGCCUGGCCAAUGGACACGACGCGACCGGCGCCCGGCACCGGGUGACCAUCUACACCAGCCACUACGAUCGGCAACGGUGCUUUGAGGAAACCCUCGACGGGUCCUUCGAUGUCCGGACCCACGGAUCCGCCUUCCCGCGGUCCUUCCGGCUGCCGGGAUCUCGGGGCCCGCGCGCCGGCCCCGGGGCUGGGCACCUUCUGUGCGCCAUCGUGCGCGGGUUGAUCCUGGCCUUGGCGCUAUUGCGGGACAUUUGGGCCGCCCGGCUGGGCAACGACACGCCCUUCGAUGUUGUGGUGAUUGACCAGUUGGUCGCCUGGGCACCGGUCAUUCGCUUCCUCGGUCGAGUGCCGGUCUUCUAUUACUGCCACUUCCCGGACUUCUGGCUGGCGCGUCCGGCUGACGAGGCAACGGGCACUGGGCCAUCGCCCCGGCGGGCGCUGCUGGCCGCCGCCAAGGGCGCAUACCGCGGCUUCUUCGAUGCAUGGGAGACCCUGGCCACGGGGCUCUGCUCGGAUGUGGCAGUCAACAGCCGCUUCACACAAACGGUCUUCAGGCUGAGCUUCCCCCGGUCGUCGGCGGCGACUCCCGGGGACACCGACUGGCCGCAUGUACUGUACCCCCCGACUCGGGAUCUGGUUGGCGCGUCGGAUUGCGGUUCGGCCACCGGCAGCCCAUUAUCGCGGCAGCUGGCCGCCCUGCUGCCGCCGGAGACCAUCCUCCCGCCCAGGGCGGCGGCCGACCUAUCAGUCAAAGCCAGCCAAUCACGACCCAUCAUCCUGUCGAUCAAUCGCUUCGAACGCAAGAAGGACCUGGCCCUGGCUCUGCGGGCAUUGGCCGGCUAUCACAAGGUGGCCGGCCGGCUGGACGCCGAUCGGGCCGGCGCCGAUCCUCGACGCCCGGUCCUCAUCCUGGCUGGGGGUUACGACUCCCGGGUCAGUGAGAAUGUGCAGCACUUGCGCGAGCUGGCUGCCUUCGCCACCGGGCCCCUGGGCUUCCGCGUGUCUGUCUAUCACCAUCACCGCCACCAUCGCCAACAGCAGGAGCAGGAGCAGGAGCAGGAGCAGCAGCAGGAGCAGCAACACGAGGACCUCUUGGCAGCUGGGUCGACCGACGCGGCGGUGGAGGCAUACUGUGUUCACGGCUCGCCUCGAGCGCUGGCUCUCGGGCCGCAUUUGGCCCGCGUGGAUGUCCUCUUCGUCACCAACUUCGAUCAGUCUCUCCGCGAGGACUUGAUGGCUCGGGCCUCGGCCCUCAUCUACACCCCUGCGUUCGAACACUUCGGUAUUGUUCCCCUGGAGGCCAUGGCGCGCGGGCUGCCCGUGCUGGCACGUGCCAAUGGCGGCCCACUGGAGUCGGUGCCCCAUGGUUCGGCUGGACUUCUGGUUCCAACACAGAGUAUCCUCCGACGCCUCAUGCACCGUGGCACAAGCGCCGCCGGCGAAUGGGCCCCUCCCAAGGCGGAAUCCCUGCCCGCCGCCUGGUGCCAGAGCCACCUUGCGCCGGAGGCGAUGCGACCCCUCCCCCGGGCCCUCACCGACGAGGUGGAGCUUGCUCACCGGCUGCCAGCCACCCUGGACAUGGCCCUCCGGCGUGCGGCCGAGCUGCUGGUCGAUGACAGCCACCAGUCGCCGGCCCGAGACCUCCUACACCCGGCCUUGGACUGGGAGGCGGCAGCCUUUGACACACUGGCCUUCGGACUGGCCAUCUACUCGAUCCUCUGGGCGACCGAGGUCCCCGAAUUGGGGCUCGUGUACCUUGUCGAUCCUGGCACCGAGGCGACUCUUUCUCGGGACCUGGUCGAUGCCCUUGGAAAGGGGGACUUCCACCAAGUCGGGCUCGGGUUGCGUUUGAUGCUCGGGUGUGCCGGGGCCGAGCAUGUUGCGGCUGCCUUCGGCCACCGUACCUUCGUGGCCCAGUUGGUCCGCCUACUCCGGGGGUUGGUCCCGGCCGGGGCAGGCGCGGUCGCCGGAGCCAAUUAAGAGCGCACACGUCGAUUAAUAUAAACAAGCCACA